GUGGCUAUUACCGGGUUGACGUUGCCACCGGCGGCCGCGAAGCUCCAUUGCGGCAAAUGGACUACAGCCUGGCGGCGCUGAAGCUCUUCUGCUGUCAGCUAAAGGAUGCACGCCAGAUCUCCUCCUCUCCUCCAUCGAUGACCCUCCAUGGCAUCCGCUUCCAACGAGCUUGGUGUCAAGGCGUUGUGGUUUCAGGGCCUGACGAAGGGAUUUUCCUCCUCGAUGACGGUAGUGGUGUCGUUGAGCUCUCCCUCCAAGCCGAGUUCAUGACCCUGGGAUGGAAGUCGGGGAUGUAUAUCAUGGUUGUUGGGCUCUACGUGGCUGGCGAUCCUCCUCAGAUCAAGGUCCAUAAGGUAGUUGAUCUCUCGGCAUACCCUGACCGUGAAUCUCUAUGGCAUAUGGAGGUCAUUGAAGCUUACAAUUUGUUCUACUCGACUGAAGCAGAAUGUUGAUUCAGGUUAUUAUGUCACUUUCUGCACACGUCUUUUGCGUUUUUAUUUAGUGCAUUUAUGUUAUAUUUCUGCAUUUUGGGUGUCCUAAAUUAAUUAUUUUUAAGCUGGGGCUGUGCAAAAAAAUUUCGGGUUUUAACUUUUGCAGCAAUUUAAUUGAAAGAAGUUUCUCAUUUAAAAAAAUUGGUUAGUGUAUUAACUGUGAUGCUUUGUAGUUAAUUAUCCCAUUUUGCGGCUCA